UUUCAGCACAGUCAAUUCAGUCAAUCAGUUAUUCAGUAAAAUUCAGCAAACGGUUCGUGUAUAUAUCAGCAAGAAAAAUGGGAAUUUUUGAGAGAGAACCAACUAUCGGUAAUUCAAAUUUGACACAGUCUGAUCUUGAUCGAUUGCUUGAUUUAGACGACACCUAUCGUACAGACUAUACCUAUGUGACGUCCAAAAGCUACCGGCUGAAUGGUUCAGAUGAUUAUGAAACUCCUCGCAUGUCUAGAUUGCCUUUGAAUUAUUACAGGCGUAAGUGGGCAUUUGAAAAAGCACGAAAAGCUGGUUUACUUUACUACAUGUACUUUUGUACGUGUGACUUUGUGAAUGAGCUGAUGCCAAGGCCUCUGGCAAUGAUUUUUAAUACUGCUAUCACUAUUUUACAUUUCAUCGUUCGUUGGUUAUGGUAUAUCAUUAAUGAAAUAUUUCCAAAUCCGGAACACUUCGCAGUUACGCGACGAUUACAUUUGGAAUCAACACCCUGUCUUGAACAACACAAGCAGAGUCCAAGAGAAUUCGAGAAAUCAAGGGGGCCAUCUCCAAUGCGAAGCCGAGAAACAGUGUGGCAUAGUCAAAUGACAUCACUUAAUUCUUUAGCUAAUAGGCUAAAACAAUCAUUUACCAACAUGAUAACACUUGGCUAUCUCUCUGAAGGUGAAGACCAAAGUGGAGCCAGACGAAGACGGAGGAAUUUGGAUCACAAUGAUGAUUAUGAUGAACAUAAAUGGCAUGGGUAUUCUUCAUUCAACCCAGUAUACGGCUUAACUCGUAAUGUGCAACGACGUGUAAGAACUAGCAGUUACGAAUACUCGGAAGAUCGUGGACCAGAAGUCAACAAGCAGUCAGUUCCUAAUGUGAAAUUGUCCAGAGGAUUUGUGGAAUCACUGUUCUUCAAAUUAUUUUACCUUACAUUUAUGGCAGUGCUCUCACCAGUAAAAACUUUCGAAUUUACCACUGAAAAAAUUAUUUGGAUUUUGCGUCAUUUUAGUCAUUCAACUUAUGAUCUCCGCAGUCGUAUCGUAUACAAGAAUCUAUCACUUGAAGGGACAUUACCAUAUACUAAUCGUCUUGCAAACUUUUUGUCUGAAAUUACCACAUCAUGUUUCCUCACUUUCUUCUUUCUGAUAAGAAAAAUAGUCUUCCUACCGCUUACCAUGUUCUCCAGUAUUAUUAGUCGACUUCUCGGUCCAAAUCGAUCGAACCAAUCCCUGCAACAACAGGCUGUCGGGACAUCACCACGACAUGGACAUUACUUAUCCUUUCAGAUCUUUCAUUUUUUGAUCGAUCAUUUGUACUCAUGCGCAACUGGUUUCAUUUUUUUCUUCGUCUCCUUGCAGUUAUUGCCAUUCUAUAUCGCCGAAAGUGUUCGAAAGCGCGCAGCUUAUGCGCUGGCUAAUAUAUUUGGACCAAGAGCCGCACUGCUUGUCGGUUACGAAGAAGUAAGACCGGUUAAAAGGAAAGGAUUAACCACCGAUCUCGAUUCUCCAACUGCUAAAGGUCGACAAAAAGUGAUUGAUAAAGUUGCAUUCAAUAAAAGUCAGCUUCUUCCGACUCGAGGUUCAGUAAAGUGCUCUUCGGCAUUCUGGAAAUGGUUAUUUCCCUUGCUUAUCUUACUGUUACUGCUCAUUAUGUUUCACAAAGGACAUGAUGCCCGAGGUGAUCUAAUGAUAGGUGUAGCGGAGCCGUUUGACCAAAUCCAACAAAAUUCUUUUAGUGGAUGGAAGCAGAAAAUAGAACGUGGCCUAAAUUUGGUAUUCAGAAAUGUUUCGUAUUUACUAUCUGUUGUAUUCCAUUUCUUGUAUGAUCUCUUACUAUAUCCUGGAAAGCUAUAUGGCGCAAUGGUGCAUCCACGGGAAUCUCUCGAAAAACUUGUCCAGUUACCGAAAUAUGUUUAUAUGGCUGGUCAAUCAGUGGGUACAAAAGCCAUGGCUAAUAGAUGCAGUUAUAAUUUUUUAUGUAGAAUUCCGAGGGAGCUAUAUAGUUUUGGAGAGCUGGCAAUCGUUCAUUUCUUCGAAAGGGUCAGUAUAUUAGGUUCCAGUGUGUGUGGCAUCAUCCAACGGAUGUCCGCUGUUUCGGAAUGGAUUCAAAUUGGACUUAUUUCUGAAAACAUUGUGGAAAUGAUCUUGUUUGUAUGGAAAUUAAUAAGCUCUGCAAUACAAAUUUUAUUGGCGUUACCAUCACACUUUAUUUCAACAAUCACCCAAUUUAUGCCGUUUGUGAACGAGAAGGCUAUAAAUUCGAAAGGUAUAAUUAAUUCAGAGGGUUUUAAUCAGCAACAAGCUCAAUGGAUUUUGGAACGUCUAAGACAUGAAAAGGAACUAUUGGAAUUGAAAGUGUUGCAGUUGCGUCGAGAACGAGAAGUAGAGGAAGAUCGUUACAAAAACAUACAUAAAGCAUUAAAAAUCGUCGAAAAAGGUCCUGCUGUGUCUCCAGAUAAGAGAUUAAAAGAAUCAUUACUAGUCAAUGAUGAAUCGUCCCAGCACAAAAAUAAUCAAGAUUUUCUAAACUAUAUGACUAACUUGAGAAAAUCAGAUGAUGAAGAAUUGAGAAAGCGUUUAUUUUCCAUUGAAAGACGUUUGAUGGGACGACUGGACACUCUAUCAGAAAAAAUCGAGAAUGAAAUUGCCCAAAAAAUAAUCCGCACUUCCGAACAACCUAAUGUGAGGUGGUCAGCUUUGUCCAAUGAACUAUCGGAACUUUCAUCUGCAGUUGGAGAUUUGCGCAUUCAGUUUGAUGAACUUCGUCGAGAGAAGAAAGCCAAAAUUGCACAAUUCGCUCAUUCAAUAAUGUCUCGGGAUAUAAAACAAAGUGAUGAUUUGAACGUAUUGAAAACUGAAUUGAAUAAGAAAAUUAAGGAUGACCUUGAUAAGGAACUUUCAUUCAGUUUAAACCGUUUCGAAAAAGCAUCGCUUGAGGAGCGAGAAGCAUUUCGUUUGGAAAUUAUGAAAGCAGUGGAGAAUCGAGUUGUUGCUCUUUUUGCAAGUCACGUAGCUGAAAAAAGUGAUACCGUUUCCGAAACUAAAUUAAGUUCUGUUCUCGGACUUUCGGAAUCCGAUUUUACGAUGAUAAAAAGAAUGAUCACUGAUGCAUUGGAUACGUAUGAUGCGGAUAAGACGGGUAAAGUAGAUUAUGCACUGGAAAGUUCAGGUGCAUCUGUUGUAAGUACGCGCUGUACGGAGCCAUACAAGGAAAAUUCACGAGUGGAAUCAAUUUUUGGAAUCCCGCUCUGGUAUUCUUCUUAUUCACCGAGAGCUGUUAUUCAGCAUCGUCCCUUGGCAGCUGGUGAAUGUUGGGCUUUUCGUGGUAAAGGAUACCUAACAAUAAAGUUAUCGCAUCCAAUUUAUGUCACAGAAAUUAGCUACGAGCAUUUACAUUCAAAUUUGCAUCCAGAUGGAGUUUUGAAAAGUGCACCGAAACUUUUCCAAGUUUACUCUUACAAAGCAGUUGAUGAUUUCAAAUCAAAGUUCUUAAUUGGACAAUAUGAAUAUGACAUUAAGGGAAGAGCAUUGCAAACAUUUCAUGCACAGAACGAGCUCAAAACGCCAGUAUCAAUAGUUGAAUUGGUGGUGCAGUCAAACUGGAAUUCAGACUACACAUGCUUGUAUCGCUUUCGUGUACACGGGCGAAAGGCAUAAGUGUGGAUAUUCAAGUGAAAUUUAGUUCUCCAUGCCAUCCAGUCUUAUUUUUUAUGAUAAAGCUUUUCACAGUCAAAUUUUAUGAACAUGUUGAAAUAAUUACAUCCAUGCCCUUGAGAAAUAAGAGAAAUAAGUC